UCGCUGGUGUGCAGGGGCUCAGCAGCACUCUGAAGCCACCAGCUAUGAUGUUUUGGGGUCUCCUUUCCCUCCUCCUCUUUGCUGUGGCCAGCGCCAGCCCCAUCGGGAGCCAGGAUGAGGACAUCCAAGUGCAGGAGAACUUCGAGGCUGAGCGGAUGUACGGGAAGUGGUUCGACAUCGCCAUCGGCACAACCUGCGCCUGGAUGAAGCACUACAAGGAGAAGUUCAGCAUGGGCACACUGGUGCUGGGCCCCGGCCCCAGCGCCGGCCAGAUCAGCACCACCAGCACCAGGAUGUGGCAAGGUGACUGCAAGCAGACCUCAGGAGAGUACCAGAAAACCAGCACCCCUGGCAAAUACACCUACUACAACCCCACAUGGGACGUGUCUAUCCAGUGCUACGUGCUGCGCACCGACUACCAGCAGUAUGCUGUCGUCCUGAUGAGGAAGAGGAGCAGCUUUGGCCCGAGCACCAGCCUGAAGCUCUACGGGAGGAGUCCAGAGCUGAGGGAGGACCUUGUUGAAGCUUUCCAGCAGCUGGCUCUGGAGAUGGGCAUCCCUGCGGACUCCAUCUUCAUCCUGACCAACAGAGGUGAAUGUGUUCCUCAGGAGACUGCAGCUGCCCUCCAGAGGCCGCGGAGAGGCGUCCUGCCGGCCGAGGAGGGCUCUGCGGCGGGACCCCUGCCCCCGUACAGCGGCCACAAGGAAGACUCCUGCCGGCGGGGCCGGGACCCGGGGCCGUGCAGCGGGAUGCUGAACCGCUUCUUCUACAACUCCUCCUCCAUGGCCUGUGAGACCUUCCUCUUCGGCGGCUGUCUGGGCAACGGCAACAACUUCGCCUCGGAGAAGGAGUGCCUGCAGGCCUGCCGCACCGAGGCUGCCUGCAGGCUGCCCAUCGUGCCGGGGCCGUGCCAGCGGCCGGUGACCCGCUGGGCCUUCGACGCGGCCCAGGGCAAGUGCAUCACCUUCAGCUACGGAGGCUGCCAGGGCAACGGGAACCAGUUCUACUCGGAGAAGGAGUGCAAGGAGUACUGCGGGGCCCCUCCGCUGGCAGAGGACGAGGAGUUCCUGCGCCUGUCCAGCUGAGCUGGGCAGAGGGUGAGCUGCCAGCACACAGGGGCGCUCGCAGAAGGGUGCUGGCAGCUGGCAGCGCAGAAGAUGCCUCCAGCAGUAAAUCUCUAAUGGCACUAGUGA